AUUUUUUUAAAAAAAAAAAGUUAAAAAUUAUCAUAUUUUUCCCACCCUUCCGUGCGUCGGCGACGCGUUCCACUAUACUCUGGUUCUGCCAACAAAAUGGUCCCGCAGCCGGUGACCUGUUGUCAGUGAGUUCUGUGAGCCCGGAAGAAGCGGAAGUCGAUCGAUUCAGUGAUUGGCGUCGCAGUGUAGACCGAACAAUGUGGCUACCAAUCUUCAUCACCAUACUACUGCGCAUUGAGCGCUUCAUUCUUCGACCUUUCUUCAUGCUCCUGCGAUUCGGAAAGCGUCGACGGAUCCCGCCGAUCAAGAAUUCCCUGUUAAAGUCGAGCGCGACCUCGUUGGCCAAGAGGAUCAGGGAUCAAGAGAUCUCCAGCCAGGAAGUGGUAGAGGCGUUCAUCGAACGCAUCAAAGAAGUGAACCCUUACGUGAACGCGGUGAUAGAGGACCGGUUCGAAGCGGCUAUAAAAGAAGCCAAAAUCUGCGACUCGAAGCUGCGGUCAGGGGAAGUGGUCCCGUCCACGCUGGAAAAGGAGAAACCGCUAUAUGGGGUACCGGUCACCAUUAAGGAGAGCUUGUCUCUUAAAGGCAUGUCAUAUACCGGAGGGAACUUGUCGUUGAAAGGGAGAAAAGCCACGGAGAACAGCGUCGCAGUGCAAAUGGUGUUAGACGCUGGUGCUAUUCCCCUGUGCGUCACGAACACUCCGGAACUCUGCUCCAGUAUCACCAGCACGAAUUUUCUGUACGGCACGACGGUGACCCCGUAUGACACAACUAAGUCGUCUGGAGGAUCAUCGAGCGGAGAGGGUGCAUUAAUCGGUUCCGGAGCUUCUGCGCUCGGUUUCGGCUCGGACCUGGUCGGCUCCAUAAGAGUGCCAAGCCUGUUCAAUGGAGUUUUCGGUCACAAACCUUCCGCAAGCCUGGUUCCCACUGUAGGACACUAUCCGCAUUGCACCGACCCAUUCUUCCUACAGCUGCUGACGAUAGGUCCAAUGUCCAGGUACGUGGACGACAUUUACACAGGCUUGAAAAUCCUGACGUCGAAAUCCGGGGUACCAUUACGCCUGGAUGAGCCGGUCAACUUGCAGGAUAUCAGGGUUUAUUACGUACAGGAUAUCAAAUUCUUUAUGAACCUACUUGAGACUUCUGGAGAGAUACAGGAAGUCAUUGAAAAAGCUACGCAAUACUUGAGUGGUACCUGUGCAAGCGUAGAACAACUGUCGCAAGAAUGGGUGAGCAACACGUUCCUUCUUCUGUUGUGCUUCUUCGGCAGCGCGACGCUGCCUGAAGGAUGCGACAAGCCUUUCGACUCUGAGCAACAACACAGCUUCUCCCUUAUGUAUCUCCUGGCGCUGCUCGGACUGUCGCGGAACACGUUAGGGCUCGUGUUCCUUCGAAGGUUCGUGGAGAAAAAGGGAAUGAUAACGGAAGAACAAACGAAGCAAGCCCUAAAAUACAAGGAGGAGUUACACGAAAGAUUGACGAAAUUGCUGGGCGACAACGGAGUGCUCAUAAUGCCAACAUUUCCGGAAGUCAGUAACUAUCCGGAGAUACUUUUCUUCAAGAUCGAUUGUUCGUGUUAUACCGCCUACGCCAAUAUACUGCGACUGCCAGCGACACACGUGCCAUUGGGAUUGAAUAAAAGCGGACUACCUAUUGGAUUCCAGGUACUAGCUGGCCCGAAUCAAGAUCGCCUUUGUCUCGCUGUUGCCAAGGAGUUCGAAAGAAAGUUCGGUGGCUGGAUACCACCGAACUAAGUUAAUUCUUGACGAUCUGUCAUGUCACGUCAUUCUCGAGUAGAAGAACAAUUUGCAUUGUGUUGUUAUCGAUUACCGUGGUCUCUUUUACUUGGACAUACUGCCGAAUAACAGGAAUCGUACAGAAAUGUUGAGGAAAGAUGACAAGCGUAUAGACUGACCGCAAUUUGUUUAUAAUGCAAACAGAAAAAGGACACUUUGUUGGCGUUACAUGCGGAGCACCUCGCGUACAAAUUACUUCUACUGAAACAAAGGACGCAAAGGACCAGCAUAAAUGUGUAGCAACCGUCGAACUUCGAUUACUGUAACACAUGCACUAUAUGGGAUGAAUAAAAAUUGUUUCUAUGCAACAAUGCAAUUAGGACUAAAAGAAUAAACGUUUGUUUUUAAAUUUC